AUUUCUCCAUCACUUUUAAAUUGCAGAUAGUCGGCGCCGGCGCCGGAGAUACAGAGAGAAAUAGAUGAGGCUGCUCACUCACAACAUGCUAUUGUCCAACAUAAAGGGUGUAACGAACAGAUUUCCUCUGAAGAUUGAAGUGAAGAAGGUGAUGAUAAAGCAGGUGGAUUUCAAUCCCGAUUUCAUUCGUAACAUCUUUCCCAGGAUCGAAUGGAAGGUAUUCGUCGAUGCCGCUCGUAAGAUGGGCUACGUUGAGUUGCCGGAUGAAGUGGAACCGUCGAUGCUCGAUGCUAAAGAUUUCCUUCGCCGCUUUCAUCACGCCCUUGUCGAACUUAAUCUAGAGGAAGGUGCCCUAAUCUGCCCUGAAACUAAUCGACGAUUUCCUGUCAAUAAAGGAAUCCCCAACAUGAUUCUUCAUGAAGACGAGGUCUGAGAAGGACGAAUUUCAGCUGCUUUUUUUUGGACAUUUAGGGUUUAUGCUGCUAAAUGUUGUCGCUAUUUCUUGCAUGCUUGUAUAUAAGCUAGCAUAUAUGAAUCAAAUGUAACCUUAAAAGUUGUCGAUACUAUAUUUUUGUCUUCA